GUAUGAAAAACAAGAAAGUUAACUGUCAAAAUUUCAAAGCGUGACAUAUCAAUCAGCCGUUUGUACUUUUCUAAAAAUUGUUAGCCAAUUUUCUGGUGACAAAAAGUGAGUGUUUAUCGUGCAAUAAAACGUAUGGAUGCUUGAGUUUUUAUAGAGCAUGUCUGAUCAAGAAAAAAAGGGUGUGUCUAGUGCCAUCGGCAGCUCUGUAGUCAUGGUUGAACAGACGACGGACGGUCGGCAUAAACAACCAUACAGACCCACCGAGCUUCAAGAUGACAACGAGAUGUAUCAAAAACGAUCGAAAGCACCCGUUGUACCUUCUGUAGCUGAGGAAUUGAAACAUAUAAAUGAAGAAUCAGCAAAUGCCAUUGCGGAGAAGAGAGAACGGAAGGAGUGUGAAGCCAUGUCUUCUGAAAAGCACAAGCAUGCCAAAAAAUUAUCCUCAAAUACCAAAAGACGAGAAUCUUCGCCAGAGUCUAUUGCUAUGUCUGCUAUUGAUGUGGACAAAAAGAGAAUGCUACCACCAUCGCAACCUAUUCCCCUAGACGUAGAUACAGCGCUUUCUGGGGCACAUGACCUAACUGUAGAAAAGAAUGCACCCAGGAAACCUGACGAAGACAGCAUUACCGAAGAAAUUGCAGAAUUGCGGACUCCCGAAUUGGAGAAGAAACAUUCAAACUGGAAGACAAAUUCACCGAAGGCUAAAAGAGAAAUAUCCUGGGAGGAUAAAGAAUAUCAAGAUAAUGUAAUUUUAAAAGAAAUGAUAGCCAGAAGCGAAAUCUGGAUGUUAGAUCGCAAAGCCUCGGUUGGUCCUUGCUAUCGUCCUGGGAUGCCCUUCGAAGGACCUUCUGGCAUCACAAUUUGCUUACCAAAGAAAUCUCUAAAAACUAUCAGCCAACCAUCUGGAAUAAGCAUCAAUAUAUCAAAGAAAUGCAUUGUUAACAAGGAUAAGAAAUCGGAGGCAGCUGUCCAGGGCAACUGCGAAUGUUCCUUCAACAAAUUUCUCACUAACGUGAAAGAGAAAUUUUACAAUCUACAAAAUAAAAUUAAAAAUGUUCUUCAUGUAUAAACGUCAAACGUUUUACAUUUUAUGAUUAUUUAUGGUCUAUGUGCUAAUUUUUUUUU